AUGAAUGAGAAGAAAGAGGUUGAAGACAAUGCAGCUUACCACACUCAUAAGCUUGAAGAAGCCAAGAAGAAGAAGUCUAACGAUAAAUCCAUGCCUGUGUUACUUGUGUUGGAAAAUGUUGAAGAAAACGAGUUUGGUGGAGUAGAGGACAAUGAUAUGAGUGAAAUUUCUGUAGAGGACGUGGUUGACUAUUCUGAAUUUGUUAAAACCGAACCCGAAACAACAAAAUUCGUUAUAUCUGAAAACUCUGUUGAGUUCGCUCGAUCGUCUAAAGACCGGAAAAAAGUUCUAAAAGAAAAGGAUGUGGUAUACCGAAAGAAAACUGUUGAGCUAACUUCCUUGGUAGAUGAAGAUAAUGUUGUUGACUGUGAUGAGUACUUUUGGUAUGACCCGAUUGAAAACGCAGAUGAAACAAAAGGAUUAUCGGAACGAAUCUCUUGGAAGGUAAAAGGCAGAUACGUGGCUGAACCAAUCAGUAAGCCGUCCAACAGGGCUAAAGCAGGAACAAGUGGUACAAAAGAAGCUCAAAGCGAGACCAAAAGGACAAGCGAAUCUCAGUCAGUAAGGAGCGAAACUUAUGCAAGGAAACCGAAACUGAAUGUGAAUAUUCACAAAUCUUCCAAGCAACUUGCAGAGCAAAAGCCUCAACGAUACAGGAGAUAUCAGAAGAAUCUCAACGAAAGGAAGCAGUUUUGGCAAUCCCAUAACUCUAACUACAUGAAUAAAGAAAAGUCUUCCACUCAAAGAGCGAAAGUAAAUUCGCAGGCAAAACCCAAGCAGUGUUCUCACUGUCAUUUUUGUGCUUCACAAAAACAAAAGGGACAUCUUGCUCACAGAAAGAAUAUUGCAGAAGAAGGAGAGGAGUCGGAUAUAUCUGAGUGUGACCUUACAAGCGAAGAAUAUGAUGUGAUGGUAACCAAUCCAAAAAAGUUUGCACGAAGAAAAUUUCCUAUCAAUAAGAAUCGAAACUGGAAGGGAAUUUACAGUUCUGAGAAGGUGAAAGAUGAACCAAAAAUUAGUUCACAAAAGGAUGAUGAGAAGAAGGAGAGCAAGCUUACAGGAGACUCUGAGUUCGACUGA